UCAAAUAUUAUUAUAUUUGUGUAGCGAGUACGCGAAUUUUUCACGAGAACAAAAAUGUGAUGUAUUUUGCAAUGUCGGGAAAGUCGAUGUCGUGGAAAGCGAUGUCGUGAUGUUUCUUCAGGGCCACCAUAGGCACCAGACUAAUACAUCACAUGAUUCAAGCAUGCACGCAGUGCCUGGGCAAUAUACUGCAUGUACUGACGUGACGUGACUGGGCUAGGCUCGGCCGAUUUGGUUGACAUGGUUGUGGAGUAAACUUGCGUGAGUUUUUAUUAUCAUUUUUGGUUGAGAGGCGUGAACUGGUAUUGCAUUUCGCAGAUUUUUUUUCAAAUGUAGGCUACGUACGUCCAAAGCGGGAAGACUUUGCAUCAGCCAUUGAACAUAAAUGGCCACGUAGCAGCCUUUACACUUUACAAGUGACAACUCAUCAAGAAGACGGUCCUCGGUCAGACGUUACGUCAGACACAUUCUUGACUUUGACCAACACUCACGUGAUUCUCCUGCUGUCCUUCUUCAAAGCAACACACCGAAUAAACUGUUCAGAAAUGAAAGAAGAAGAUGUGGAAAUUGCCAUCAAGGUUGUCAUUGUUGGCAAUGGAGCAGUGGGGAAGUCCAGUAUGAUCCAACGUUACUGCAAAGGCAUCUUCACCAAGGAUUACAAAAAAACCAUCGGUGUAGACUUUCUGGAAAGACAAAUACAAGUGAAAGAAGAAGAUGUUAGAUUGAUGCUGUGGGAUACAGCUGGUCAGGAGGAGUUUGAUGCCAUUACAAAGUCUUAUUACAGAGGAGCUCAGGCUGGUGUUGUCGUCUUUUCGACUGUAGACAGAGCAUCCUUUGAAGCAGUUGAAAAAUGGAAGCGGAAAGUUGAAGAAGAAGUGGGUUCCAUACCAUUGGUGCUUGUACAAAACAAAAUAGAUUUGGUGGAUGAAGCUGUUGUAUCUCCAGAGGAAACAGAAGCCUUAGCCAAGAGACUCAAGCUACGUUUCUACCGAGCAUCUGUCAAAGAAAACUUAAACGUUGAUGAAGUGUUCCUUUAUCUGCUGGAUAAAUAUAUGCAAAAGCUUCAGACACAAGAGGCAGAAGACAAUGCUACAACUAACACCAAAAUUGGUAUUUUCAACACCACAGCGCCCCCAACUAGCAGUGGUGGAGAUAGCCAUGAUGGAAACGACCAAACGAUACAGCUGAGACCAACAAAACAGAGAACAAAAGGGAAGAAGCAACAAAUGAAAUGUCAAUUACUUUGAUUCAAAAAGUAGAGAUUUUAGGCAAGUUUUUAUGACAUUUUUCCACCACAGAAAAUUAGAUCUGAAAUUUAGGUGUUGUUUGUGUUGUAUUCCUACAGAGUUUAUAGAAUAAAGGGUAAUUCAAAAAGAAUGGUUUAGCACGUUUAAAGCCCGAGUCCAUCAUUUGCAGCUAUCCAAAAAAGUAACCGGCGUAAUUAUUGUUGAAAGACUAAACUC